AUGUUCUACAGUCAUGAGAUGCUCUCAUCGCCUGAACAUGGCGUGGCGACCAUAUGGCUUGUUGCAACACUCGGUUCGCAUUCACUCACCCGCCGACUCAACCGCAAGGCAAUCCAGGAAGUCGAUGUUCCAGAAGCCUGUAACAUGAUUCUCAACCCUGACGCUCCUAUAGCGUUGCGGCUGCAAGGAAAUCUGCUCUACGGCUUGUCAAAGGUUUAUGAUCAGCAGUGCGGAUACACCUUGCUUGAUGCGCAGACAAUGCGGGACAAAAUGAUUUCUAUGCUGAAGCAGCUGCCAGGUGGUGGCCUUGAUCCCAGUGCCGGGAAAACAAAGGCUGCUAAUCUCAUUCUUCCCUACGAUCAGAGCUUCAUUCCUGAGACCGGCCUUCCAGGCCUAGAUAUCAACUUUCACUUUCUCGAGGGGGUGGCAAGUCAAGCAUCUUCACAGCUAUUUGAUGGCUGGGCGAACUCACUGGGCACUCUCUUCUCAGGAGAUUCCCAGCUUGGAGUGAUCCACCUUGACAUAAACGAAGACGACCUGAUAGGUACCGAAGACGUGAAUGCUAUCAACACUGAUGCAGUUUCGUCGGGAAAGAAGAGAGGGCUUUUCGGAAAGAGAACUCGCUCAGACCUCGAAGAUGAGGGUGUUUUGCUUCAGCCGGACUUCGAAUUCGAUGAAGAAGGGAAUCUCGUCGAGCUCAAUGAGGACGGUUUAUCGCCUCGGAAAAGAAGGAAGACCGACAUGCAGGGAGAAGCCAUGGAAGCAUUGACAGAUGAACUGGUUGAGCAAGGCAAUCUCAGGAUGGACACCAACGAAGAUAUCCUAUUGCCGGCCCCGGUGGAGGAACAAGUAACUCAACCCCUGCCCGUUCAGCAAAAUACUGAGAGUACUCUGCGGUCAUCUGUGGAAAUGAGAAUGUUGGAAGAUGGUGAAAUUGAGCGUGCUGCAGAGACGCGUGCUCGUCAGCGCAUUCGACGAGCCAAGGUGAUCAGCUCUGAUAAUAGUACGACCCUGCGCAAUACAGACCUGGCAAGAUGGAAUGAUGAGUACGCAGCAAAUAUGGCCCAAGUGCUGAAGCAAAAGAAUCAGAAUAAGCUCGCAUCCCUGUCAAAGAAGAAUGCAGAAUUCUGGGUCUUCGGCCUCGGCAUUGGGUCUGUCGGACUUGGGUUGGGCCAGCAUCGUGAAGAAGGCCCUCUCAACCAUUAUUCUGGCGACGCACUUCAUGGACUUAUUUCAGGAGAGACGACUUUUGCGAGACUAGGAAAUAGGGAUAGUACUGAGAAACAGGAGAGUCCCAGGUCUCGUGGACAGGCUGUUAGAUCAGGCUCACCGGAUGUCGAGAUUGCGCGAAAUGCCCCGUCCAGCGCCUACUAUGACAGAUCCUCCGAGAUGCCGUGGAACAUCACCGCGUCCCUGCCUAGCUCAAUCCGAGGCCAGAAAUUCAGCAGUAUCUCUGAAUCGUCUGCUCGGCCACGAGGUCGUCUCACCAGUGCCAGCCCUCUUGCCGGUCGAAGCUAUCCCGACGGACGCGAGCGCCAGAGCAGCCUAUCCAUUCUCAAUGCCGGUGAUGAAUUAGACAAGCUAGAGCAAUUGGAUAUUACGCGCUACCUUGAAAGCGAACUAGCACCUGACAGGGAGGAUAUCAGCACGAUCUCGCUGAGACGCAAAUCCACAUCCGAGCGUAUUGUAUCCACCUUGGAUGCGGAGAGCCUCAAUUUUCUCGACUUCAUUCAACUGAAACUUGAAGAACACAGCACAAACAGCUCCAGUCGCAUUGCCUUCUCAUGGCUGCUCCCUCCGGCAACGACUGCGCGUAACGUGGCUGCGCAGGGCUUCCUAAACGUGCUUACACUCGCGACCAAAGGUGCUCUCAAUGUGUCUCAGGAGGCAUGCAAUGGUAGUGGCGCGUCUAGUCGGAGCCUGAGUGCUCAUCACGGCGACAUUUCGCUUCAACUGGCUGUAACUCCGGUGUAA